AGCCUCAAAUUUUUUGAUAUGUUCAGCUCAUCUUUUUCACUUUCUAGAACUCAAAAACUUGACCAAGCUUUUCCAUUCCCAACACAAAAUGGGGUGCAAAUUCAUCUCCUUAGAACCACCAAUCUUAUACCAAAUCCCUGUAAGAACAACACCACCAUGUUUUAGAACUAAAGCUAUUGCUUUCUCUUCUUAUGCACCAAACAAAGGUGAACCUGUUUCCACCAAGUUGCCACUGUCAAAGACCAAUGAUGUCUACAGUGUUAGCUUCAAGACAUUAGGAGCUUGUAAGCUUGGGAUUUCUAGAUACCCAGAUUUUGAAUACAACGCACAAGGUGGUACAGGGACUGGAACCGGUUCUAAGGUUGCUGAUAGCGAUGAACUUUCGGUUAGUUUCGACGUUAAAACACUGUAUAUUCCACCAUUGGCAAGCUCAACAACUAAGUUCCUUGGAUUGCCAUUGCCACCUUUUUUGAAAAUCCACAUUGUUCCUCAAUUGUUUCAAGGGAAUAUCGAUCAAGAAUCCGGCAAGGUUGACUUGGAAUUCUUAGCCAAGUUUUGCUUUUCGGUCGGGAGUAUUUACGAAGCGCCGCCGUUGGUGGUGAAGACGGUUUUAACGUCCGAUGAAUCGAAAGGGAAGAUGAGAAGUGGAAGAGGUGAGAGAUUAGAUGAAGAGGGGAAUUGCAAAUUGGUUGGGGUAGCAUUUGUUGAACCUAUUGAUGAUGUCUUCAUGAAUACUUUCCUUAGUUUACCUACUGAAUGCCUUGCCAAGUUGAAUGCUGUUAUCACCUUGUCCAAAUCUUCUUGAAAAACCAUAUGUUUGUAGUUGCUGAAUGUUAAUGGAGUUUCAUAUAGGGCCCUGGCAUAGCAAUUCUUAGUCAUACUUGGUUAUGCUUUAGAUACAUCCAUACAUGACACAUGUAUAUCAUAUACAUAUAUGUACCAGCACCAUGCAUGCUUAUGUAACCUAUUGGUUAUGCAUAGUUAUUGAUAGGAAUUGAAUUAUAAUUUUUUUUAAGA